CACUAAGUGACCAAAUGACUAAAGAGACGAAGAGUUUUAUUAUCUAAAACAGCAGACAUUGUUGGUUAAAGAUGGAUUCCACGUUGAACGAAUCAUCCGGUACUGGACCCAUGUCCGCCCUCAACCGACUCUUUUCCUUCACGAGUCCCGCCGUCAAGAAGCUCCUAGGUUGGAAACAGGGCGACGAGGAAGAACAGUGGGCUGGAAAAGCUAUAGACAGUCUCGUCAAAAAGUUGAAGAAUCGAACUGGGGCCAUUCAGGAACUGGAACGAGCGUUGUCCGCCCCCGGUCAACCAAGCAAGUGUGUGACCAUCCCCCGCAGCUUGGACGGGAGAUUGCAGGUGUCGCACCGCAAAGCAUACCCUCACGUCAUCUACUGUCGCGUAUGGCGCUGGCCGGACUUGCAGACCCAUCACGAGCUCAAACCCCUCGAUUACUGCCAGUUUCCGUUCUCGGGGAAACAAAAGGAAGUUUGCAUCAACCCUUACCACUACAAGAGGGUGGAAAGUGCAGUGUUGCCUCCGGUACUGGUGCCUAGACAGAACGAUUUCGUGCCGGGCCACUCGCUGUUGCCUUUUCAACAGUUCACCGAACCAAACAUUCCCCAUAAUGUGAACUACUGUUCGAAUAGUUUUCCCAAUACUGGUCCGCCGGAAAGCCCGGGGAGUAUAGUCUCUAAUGGUCCACCUCCUGGAAGUGGGAGACAAGCGACAGUUGAUGAAGAUGUGCGGGAAGUUGCUUAUCAAGAACAACCAUUUUGGGCUUCGAUUGCUUACUACGAACUGAACAGCCGCGUAGGCGAGGUGUUUCACUGUCAAUCACAAUCGGUGACUGUAGACGGAUUCACCAAUCCAAGGUGCGACAGUGACCGGUUCUGUUUGGGUCAAUUGAGCAACGUCAACAGGAAUUCGACGAUAGAAAACACCAGGCGACAUAUUGGGAAAGGUGUCCACUUGUUUUAUAUAAAUGGCGAGGUCUACGCUGAAUGCCUCUCGGAUACGCCCAUAUUCGUGCAAUCGCGCAAUUGCAACCACCACCAUGGUUUUAAUUCCACAACCGUGUGUAAAAUACCUCCCGGUUGUUCUCUGAGGAUAUUCAACAACGCCGAGUUCGCUCAGCUCUUGUCUCAAUGCGUCAAUCACGGUUUCGAGGCCGUUUACGAACUGACCAAAAUGUGCACGAUCCGGAUGAGCUUCGUCAAGGGUUGGGGCGCGGAAUACCACCGACAAGACGUAACCAGCACUCCUUGUUGGAUAGAAAUUCACCUCCACGGACCACUGCAGUGGCUCGAUAAGGUGCUGAUACAGAUGGGAUCGCCCCACAAUGCCAUUACCUCAGUCUCGUAA